AAUCAGCGCAUGGCUUCGGGAACAACGGGCAGUUGAAAUCAAACUUAGAGCAAGAGAGAGAGAGAGAGAAGUGUGAGAGUGGCUUCAUCAUUUCAUCAUUUCUAAUGCUGUUUGGAAACUGAAAAGGCUUUGUGACUGAUGAUUUAGAGUUUUAAAUAUAACAGUGCGAUUACAGUUUGAAUCUACAUAUCAAGUCGAAAGGACGUUGCGUAAGAAAGUCCGAUAAGUCUGAAGCAUUCGCGGUGAACGGUUGACUGUGAACAUAUAUUUGUUGUUUGGUGAUUUGGCUUUCGCUAUGAAAUCAGUACUUCUCCUGUUGAACUUAUGGUUUUUAACCAGCUACAGUACGUUUGCAUACAUUGUGGAUCCCGGACCAUCCGUAAAAGCAACUAAAGGUGCGCUAUGGCCAAAACCGAAAACUCAAACCACCAGCCAACGGUACUCGGUGAUCAAGCGGUCGUCAUUCCAUUUCCAGGCCGUUAAUCAAACGUGCGACAUUUUAACUAAAGCCAUUGACCGAUACCAAAAAAUAGUUUCCAAUGUUGGUAACGAAUCACGGCGAGCGCUUUUCAGUGCAUCCCGAAAUGAUAACAAUCUUGCAAGAAGAUCUUGGCGGUCGGAUGUGAAUUUCAACGAAUAUCUCGAGGAAGUUACAGUCGAUCUUAAAGCACCAUGUGAAAUUCUACCCUACUUAGGAAUGGAUGAGUCUUACGACAUUAUUGUCAGCGAAACGCACGCCUCCAUUGAGUCGUACUCAAUCUGGGGCAUUUUGAGAGGAUUGGAAUCCUUCGCACAGAUGGUUGUGCUUUCGGAAGACGGAAGCAUGCUUUACGUCAACCUAACAACCAUCUCCGACAGUCCUCGGUUCUCCCAUCGCGGACUUCUAGUGGACACAUCGCGUCAUUUCGUUUCGGUCAGCACAUUGCUCAAAAUGCUAGAUGGGAUGGCGUACAACAAACUGAACGUCUUCCAUUGGCACAUCGUGGACGAUCAGAGUUUCCCAUAUCAGAGUAAAUACUACCCUGAGCUCAGCGAGCAAGGAGCUUAUCAUCCUUCGAUGGUCUACACACCACAGGAUGUUCAGAAUAUCAUCGAAGAGGCACGCCUAAGGGGGAUUCGCGUCAUCUCGGAGUUUGAUACUCCAGGCCAUACCCGUUCGUGGGGUGUUUCGCAUCCAGAAUUACUUACUGCAUGCUAUGACCAGUACCAAGGAAAGCUUGGACCUAUGGACCCUACCAAAGAAUCGACGUAUACAUUUUUGUUCAAGCUGUUCCAGGAAAUAGUAGAAGUGUUUCCAGAUAAAUUUGUACACCUUGGAGGUGAUGAAGUCGGAUUCGAGUGUUGGGCUAGUAAUCCCGCCGUGAUGGAGUAUAUGAAACAGAAUAGAUUGUACUCGUUUGAAAUGUUGGAGGAGACGUUCAUUCAGCGGAUCGUCGAUCAAAUUGAUGCUCUAAACAGGAGCUCACUGGUUUGGCAAGAGGUUUAUGUUAACGGUGUCCGAUUACCCAAUGGAACUGUAGUGCACGUGUGGACCGGGAAUCGCCAAGAUCUUCUAUACAGAAUUACAAAAGAUGGACUGCCAGCAUUGCUAUCGUCCUGUUGGUAUUUGGAUCAUCUGAGCACCGGGGGAGAUUGGCGAAAAUUUUACAACUGUGAUCCACACGACUUUGUCGGUACGAAGAAUCAAAAGGACCUGGUGCUGGGUGGCGAGGCAUGCAUGUGGGCCGAAGUAGUGAACGAUCAUAACAUUCUGCAACGGAUCUUUCCUCGAGUAUCUGCCACGGCUGAGAAACUUUGGUCCCAGGAGUAUGUUACCGAUACCGAUGACGCAGCUCGUCGCAUAGAAGAGCACUCGUGUCGCAUGAACUUGCGCGGCAUCCCGGCUCAACCACCGAGUGGGCCUGGAUUCUGCAUCUAGAAUGAAAAUGAAGAAUCAGCUUAA